GUGGAUUCAUAAUACAGAGAGAGUAAGAGAAAGAAGGAAGAUUGAGUUACCCUUCGAUCCUCCUCCGAAUCACACUCCCAAAACCCUCCCUCUUCCGUUUCCUUCCCCUUCGUAUUCGCGCCAACUCAACCGAACAUGACGCGCUUCGGUUUCAAUCUCCUCCACGACCACAAUUUCCACCCCAAAAGGGAUUCUUACGGAUUUGCAUUAAGGCCUCAAUACGCACAAAGAUACAGGGAGUAUUCUUCUAUCUACAAGGAGGAGGAAGCUGAAAGAUCAGAUAAAUGGAGAAACUUCCUUGAACAGGUAGCCAAAUCAUCUCAUGAAACUUCUUUUGAGAACAAACAUAAAGAAACAUUGACAGCAGAGCCCGAAAAUACUGAGAUAAAAGAAGAGCAAAACCCACAUAGGCUAAGCAAUGGGGAUGAUGCAAGUAGCAGGAAGUUUUCUGAAGGUACAGAGGUAGAAGAAGAGACAACUGCAGUUGUAGUUUGUGAAGGAGAUGACUCAAGUGGCAGGAAGUUUGUUUCUGAUAGUAUAACUGGAAAUAAUUCUGGAAAAGAACCACGCCAUUCAGAAGAAAGAAAGAUCCGUAAGGUUCAAAGCUGGGCUGAAACUAGGCCAUCUCUUACCGCCAUUGAAGAAAUAUUGAGUUCUCGUGUCAACCAGGGAAAGAAAAUGAAAGGUGAGAAAAUAAAUGCUAACAAUGACCAUCUUCCCUCUAUAGAAGAAUCUGAACCUGUAGAAGGGGUUCUUAAAGAGGAUAUUCAGGAAUCGGUCUUCACUAAUGAGACCCAAGAUGAUGGCAUCAAUGGCUCAAGGGCAGAAAAUGCUUCAGUAGAUCAAGACAUACAUGAACUUUUCUCCCGGUGGAAAGAACUGGAGUCCCUUGUUCAAGGAGGAGUCCCAAAGGAUCUUAGAGGAGAGGUCUGGCAAGCCUUUGUAGGUGUGAAGACACGAAGGGUGGAGAGCUAUUAUGAGGAUCUGCUAGCUCAAGAAACUAACAGUGGUGAAAACGUGGAGCAAGAUGUCCAAUCUGCUGCAUUGGGAAAAUGGAAAAAGCAGAUUGAGAAGGACAUACCACGAACAUUCCCAGGUCAUCCUGCUUUGGACGAAAAUGGCAGAAAUUCCUUGAGGCGUUUAUUGUUAGCAUAUGCUCGUCAUAACCCCUCUGUUGGGUACUGUCAGGCAAUGAACUUCUUUGCUGGUCUAUUGCUGCUGCUUAUGCCAGAAGAGAAUGCCUUUUGGACAUUUGUCGGCAUUAUUGACGAUUAUUUUGAAGGCUAUUAUACAGAGGAAAUGAUAGAAUCCCAAGUGGACCAGCUUGUUUUUGAGGAAUUGAUGCGUGAAAGAUUUCCUAAACUGGUUAAUCAUCUGGAUUACUUGGGAGUGCAGGUGGCAUGGAUAUCUGGACCUUGGUUUCUAUCAAUCUUUGUAAACAUGAUUCCUUGGGAAAGUGUUCUUCGAGUUUGGGAUGUGAUACUAUUUGAAGGGAACCGUGUUAUGCUAUUUCGAACAGCACUGGCUCUAAUGGAAUUAUAUGGUCCUGCAUUAGUUACAACAAAAGAUGCAGGUGAUGCAAUUACACUAUUGCAAUCACUUGCUGGCUCAACAUUUGAUAGUAGCCAGCUUGUCUUUACUGCUUGUAUGGGUUUUCUAGCUGUGACCGAGGCUAGAUUGAAGGAACUGAGAGAAAAGCACCGGCCAUCUAUAUUAGAUAUCAUAGAAGAAAGGGCAAAUAAGGGACGGGUUUGGAAGGAUUCCAAAGGACUUGCAUCUAAACUGUACAGUUUCAAGCACGAGCGAGGGCCAUUGGUAGAGGAAAGAAAAAUCAGUGAAGGAAAUGAUAUGGUAGCUGAUAAGAACGUGCAGUUAGAUUCCCAUUCCUCUGAUUUAGAUGAACUGCUCAAUAGCCUCAAUGUUGAUUCGGAAGUAGAUUCCCUACCAGAUCUCCAUGAACAGGUGGUUUGGUUGAAGGUUGAGUUAUGCAGAUUGCUGGAGGAGAAAAGAUCUGCCACACUCAGAGCUGAGGAGCUAGAAACAGCUUUAAUGGAGAUGGUGCAGGAAGAUAAUCGUCUGCAAUUGAGUGCAAGGGUUGAGCAAUUAGAGCAGGAGGUAGCUGAACUACAAGAAGCCCUUUCUGAUAAGAAAAAACAAGAAGCUGCCAUGCUGCAGGUCCUAAUGCGGCUAGAGCAGGACCAAAAAGUUACUGAAGAUGCUCGCAGAAGAGCAGAGCAAGAUCUUGCAGCUCAGAAAUAUGAAGUUCACAUGCUUCAGGAAAAGUAUGAGAAGGCCAUGCAAUCAGUUGCUGAAAUGCAAAAGCGGGUCGUUAUGGCAGAAAGUAUGUUGGAGGCUACCCUUCAAUAUGAAUCUGGCCAAUCCAAAGCAGUUUCCUCUCCAAGGACUGGUCGUGUACAAAGCCCGAGGUCAGAAAACCCCUCACGGAAAAUUGGUCUGUUAAAUUUUGGACUAGGCUGGCGUGACAGAAACAAGGGCAAGCCGAAUGCUGAGGAAUCUAGCGAAAGUUUGCAUGACAAUGGCACUCCGAAAAACGAAUCCAAUAACCAAGAACUAGAUAGAUAGAACAUGCAGAGAAGUGGUGCUGGAACCCUACCCGGUGCUUUUACCUGUCUACUUAGGAAUUCUUGCCUGUUUCUGAUUAUCAUUGCCAAUUUUUCUUGGUUAAUUAUGUCAUAUAGUUAGCCUAAAGUUAGGUGAAGAAUCUACUGUACCAUCAAAUUCAUAUGGGUAGAUUAGUUUUUUACGGCCGCUUUUUUUCACCAUUCGUUCAACUAAAUUAA